AUGUAUUACUCGGAGACGGCCGAGACGACCUGGGCAUCACUUGACUUCCUCGCCCAGUUGCCUGCGUUUGAUCCCUCACACGCUGCUCCUGCUCCAGCUAAUAAUCCUCUAGGAAAUGACCCACUUGGAAAUAAUAAUGAUGAAGCCCUUCAGCAUACCCCUCCUGGUACACCUUCGGCGCCAUCCUUUACGCAAGUCUCGUCCAGCAAUGCAACUUCCUCUUCUUUUGCCGAAAAUGACACAUUUGAGUCAGGAGGUACCAUGUCCAGCGGGUCCUUCUCCAACAACGGGUCUUCUAAUUCUUCGGCAGAUAGUUCUCCGUCAACAGGGCCUCCACCUCUCCCCAUGCCUCGGCGGUCUACUCGCUCGAACAUCGGCCAGUCGCCUCUCCAUCUACAGGACUAUGACUAUGUAGGCUAUUCGGCAGGCGAUGGUAUUCCUAGUCCAUCUCACUAUCUGUUUUGCUAA